CUUGGUCUGUCUUUGUUGGGUUCUAAACUCAUCAGUGACAAAGACCAGCUCCUGAAGUGGGCUAACUUACAAAACAACAUGACCUGAUACAGGAUACCAUCAUAGAGAAGCUUCCAAGAGUCCGGAGACCACCCGACUCGUCUCAGCCUUCAGUGUAGCAUUCAAUCAGCCGUCAUAGACCGACCUCAUGUCUGUGUUCUACCUCUGGACAACACUCACCUCAGCUCAGCAGGGGACUCACCUCUACACACACACACACACACACCUCCACACACACACACACACACACACCAUCAGAGAGCUCAAACAGAGGCCCAGCUUUAACGUGGAUCCAUAAACUAAAGUGUGAGCAGAGCGUCUGCAGUGGGUGUGUCGCCCCUUUAUCAAUAAGAUAUGUCUCCCACAUCCCCGUCCAUAACUCCUGGUUCUGUCACUGUGUCACGUCUUAUUGCAAAUUAUAUGUCAAUGUGGACACCCGUGUUAUCUAUCUCCCUUCUUCUCUCCAUCUAUCCCCUUCUCAUUUUUGAUUUACACUUGACUGUCUAUGAUCUCGUGCAGGUUACUAAGGAUUACAGACUGGCAAGGGUUUCUGGUCCAUUGACAUAUAAUGACAUUACAACUGCUUCAUCGGAGGGGAGGAGGGACAUUUGGACAGACAGAGAGAGAGGCUGGGAUGAAGCAGAAGCUAUUGAUACAGGACAAGGAGGUGAACCUGGAACAGGUGCAUCGUCGUAUGAACAGUCUUUUGGACGAGGACUUGGCCCACAAGCAGAUCCCCGGCCCCUCUAUCGAGAUCUCUGCGCUGGACAUCGGCAGAGUGCAGCCCAGCCAAGCCUCUCUGGUGGGGGGGGCGGAGUCCGUGCGGGACUACCCGGGCCUCGGUGUGACCACCUUCCUCCCAGGGGAGGGGGCACCACCUCCCCCGCUUCCCCAUCCUCACCAUGGGGGGACCCUAGGCAGGACGCUACCUCUGUCCCAGGGCCCUGGCAGCAACACGUUGCCCCUGCACCACCCUCUCAGCAGCACCAGCCACAGCGGCACCAUGCAGUGCAAACACAGGGCGCCCAACGGGGGGCUCUUCCGGCAGAGCCCUGGCAAGACACCCAUGCCAAUGUCCUACCAGGCAGUCUCCGCAGGACCCAUACCCGAAGCCAUUGAUGCCACCCACAGUACAUCCAUAUAGGUCUCCUAUAGGAUGGGCUCAAACUGCAUCAAUGACGAGUCGCUCUCUGGACUUUGGUCCAGUUUUCACGGCGACCCUGGUAACGGAUCUCUAAAAGGAAAAUUAUUACAGCGGAUGAAACAUACGUGUACAAAGAAAAAAAAAGAUUUUUUAUUUCACUACCUGUUCAGAAAGCAGAUGUUACAUAAAACUAAAUGUUAAAAACAACAACAAAAAAAAAAA